CACUUGAGACUUCUAUCUUCUCUGUCAUUCUCACUCUUCACACUCUGAGAAUGGCUUCCAACACCUUAAUGAGCUCCGGCAUCGCCGCUGCCGCCUUCCCCUCGGUCCUUUCCUCUUCCAAAUCCAAAUUCGCUGCCGCCUCUCCGCUGCCUUGUGCUGCUUCUAAUGCCGCAGGCCGCGUUUCCAUGACCGCGGACUGGAUGCCUGGUCAGCCACGCCCACCCUACCUAGAUGGAUCUGCGCCUGCUGAUUUUGGAUUCGACCCACUUCGGCUUGGCGAGGUACCGGAGAACCUAGAGAGAUUCAAGGAGUCUGAAGUCUAUCACUGCAGAUGGGCUAUGCUUGCCGUUCCAGGAAUUCUAGUACCAGAGGCAUUGGGCUUAGGCAACUGGGUUCAGGCACAAGAGUGGGCUGCAAAACCUGACGGCCAAGCCACCUACUUGGGCAACCCAGUCCCAUGGGGCACCCUUCCCACAAUUUUGGUAAUUGAAUUCCUCGCCAUUGCCUUCGUAGAGCACCAACGCAGCAUGGAGAAAGAUCCCGAAAAGAAGAAGUACCCCGGCGGGCCCUUCGAUCCUCUCGGCUACUCCAAGGACCCCAAGAAGUUCGAGGAAUACAAGGUCAAAGAGAUCAAGAACGGUCGGUUGGCAAUGUUGGCAUUCGUGGGGUUCGUCGUUCAACAAUCAGCUUAUCCUGGCACAGGACCAUUGGAGAACUUGGCCUCUCACUUGGCUGAUCCAUGGCACAACAACAUUGGAGACAUAAUCAUCCCCAGAGGGAUUGUGCCAUGAUUGACAGAAAUUCAAACUUAUUGUAAAACUCCUUUUCAAACUUGUGUGAUGAAUCUAAGCAUGAUACUAUAUCCCGGGUUGUGUAAUUAGAACUAGUAUUUGUACAAUGACUUCAUCCUACUACCCCCUAAUUACACCUUUGAUAUUAA